AUGGCUGUUGUCCCUCGUGCUGACGUGGUUACGAUUGCCCCGCCAGGUCCGUUCUUCACGACGACAACGCGGGGCGCUCGCAUCAUCUACCUCGAAGGCUACCGCUUCAGCAGGCACCGGGAGUCCGGGGUCAAAACGCGCUGGUACUGCACCACGCACCACAGCCGCGGCUGCCCCGCCGUCAUAUUCACCAUCGACCACGACAAGAUCAUCAAAUGCAACAACACCCACAACCAUGCG